AUGUUGACCUCCGAGCUGGAGGACUUGAGGAGCAAGCAGGCGGUGGAGUCAGAUUCCAGGCUGGAGCAAUUGCAAGACGAGCUGUCCAAAAGCGCUGACUUGCUCCACAGCUCUGAGGCCUCGAUGCGUGUGUGGCAAAACGAGGCUCAGCAGCAAAAGGAGCAGCUGAGCGAGGAGGUCUUCGAGCUGCAUCAAAGCUAUGCCAAGCGUUUGCAAAACCUCCGAGCCCAGCAGGGUGGCGAGAAACGCGCCUUUCAAGCCGUGGAGGAUGAGUUGCGACAGAUCUACACAGAGGAAGUGCAAGUGUGCCGACGGAACCAGGAGGCUUGGGCCGAGGCCACGGAAGCGGCCUUCACCGGAGAGGCACGCUUGGCGCGUAUGGCCGUGGAAGAGUCGGAAAGCGCAGCCCUACGACAUGAAACUCAGGUUCAAGAGAAGCUUCAGGAGCAGCUGGUAAUGCUGAAGAAUCACUUGGGUGGUGAAUUCGCACCAACAGGUUUGCACCCUGCCAGCCACGAGCUCUUCAAGCAGCUCUGUGUGUCCAUCGAAGCGGCGCUGUGUGAUGAAGUACGAGGCAAUCCUUGUAGCGAAUUGCGAAGGACUUUGCGGAGGGACUUGAAGCAAGAGUUACGAGACCAGCUAAGAAGCGAAGUACAUAGUGUGCGGCGAUGUCGCGAGGCAUCUACAGGAAGCACGACUGGAAGCAGCGCCAGGCGCGUGAAAAUCGCAUCCCGAGAGUCGCCCCCUUCGGCGGUUCGACAGGAGCUCACUCGACGCGGUGCUGCCUUAAUGGAAGCCUUCACUGCAGCAGCUGAGGAAGUCUUGCCAGGUCGGGAAAGCGAGAAAAACUAUGAAAAUCUAUGUCCAUUGGCGUACAUUCGUUUCUAGCCCAACGACUUUGAAG